AUGGUCUGUGGCCCUGGGCCACUAUUUCCGGCUACGCUUGGUACAAUCUGGUGGCUCUCCCCUAGCUACCAGAGCCACAAGGCCACAAACUACAGGACGUAUAAAUAUCAGGCUACAAACGACGUCAACCGUAAGCACCCUCUCCCAACCCAACCUCCAAUCACACCCAAUCCCUCACCAACACUUGCAAUGGACGAUGACCACAAAUCCUUCGUAAUCAAAGAUAAACUUGGGCUCCUUGAGUGCCUCAACUUGCUCUCUACAAUUAACGAGGACACUGUCAGUAUCAUUUUUCAAGACCUUGAAUGGGACCCGAAGACCCUUGGCCACACAAUCAACCCGUGGCCCCUUACCUCCAGGCCGGUCGACUGGGUCACCGCCCUCCGCCCGCGUAUCGUGUUCAAUAAACUACGAACAAUCACCCUUACAGGGAAUGACGUCUUUUCUAUCCUUCCAUUCAUAGACGCGCCGGUCCUCAAGUCUCUGUUUAUCAUCAACACCGCGACCGCUGAGAGCCCACAGUGGGCAGAGAACUACGAACUCCUCAGCGGCUUCCUCGCGAACUAUACUUUCUACGGACCGACGAAGCACGACGGGACUAUACCCGUCCAGUCGUCUAUCGAACUCCUUCUCAUCCGGGACACGACCCUCUCCGACCACACCAUGCUUCAGCUCAUCAAGCACUCCGCAAUCCAGUCCAUUCUUCAGCUCGAAAUCUACAUCCCGGAAGCGACCGCCCGGAUGGUCGAGUUCACCGAGCGCAACGCUGCGCACAUGUACGGAUUCCUUGGCGAUAUCCAGUUCGGUGUCUAUCUCAAUCACGAUUUCAAUGGGAAAGACGAACCACAGGUUACCUAUCCGCUCGGCACGCACGUUGGCUGGCACCAGAUCGUCGAGCGAGUCGCACCAACCACCGCUCUCGUUUAUUUGGACACCCGGGUUGACAGCUACUUGAUGUUCCUUUACCACUCUGGUAAAAUCAGUGUCUGUCACGCGGGAGAGACGCCGAGGCUGCUCGUUGACACCCGCCUAAAUCCCCAGGUGUAA